GGUCACCCAAUUCUCUGUUAUAGAGUUUCCCAUCACCUUCUCAAAUCGGUGUUGUUAUGGCACCUAACCGUAUCUAGACAAUGUUAUCAGAACUCGCAUCGUUUCUCUUUACAAUUAAGGUUUUGGAUGUGAUUUCAGGGUUACAAAUGCAUCGCUUCUUCUAAUUUGAGUACUUGUAGUAGCUUUUAGUUGCCAAUUUGAUUAUCAAGGGUGGUGUUGCUACUUAUAAUUUGAAGAGUGAAAAACUCCCUACACCAGCAGAGAUGAUUCAACCUCGUUACGACCCAGAGCAAAUCACGCAGCAGCAGCAGCGGCAGCCAAUGUAUGAAAUACGGCUAAGGCUGGCUAAGGCUAAGCAAGCCUCUUGGUGGACAAUCUUGGUGCAGCCGAGGUACAAAUGGCGCUUCUUCAGGAAUCAUCAUAAGAAGUUGAAGAAAUCAACAACAUGUCUACAUCAAAACAAGUUGAAGAAUCAUCAAAAGAAGUUGAAGAAUCAUCAGAAUCUAAGAUUAGUAUUUCAGAACUAUUAUGGACAGACUGUACUAGUGAAGUACUGUACUUCUUAUAUUCACCUUUGUUUGUUCACAUUGCUUCUGGAAGUUUAGAUUUUAAAGAAUUUAAUCAAUACGUUGCUAAUUAUGCACACUUGCUGAACACUUUUCUGGAAGUGUACAAGUUAGCAGCAGAUAAAUGUGUUGAUGAUUCUGAUAAGGCUGCAUUCUUAGGGUGGAGUAAUAAUGUGAAGCAAGAAUUGGAAAGGCACAAUUCUUUUUUUCAACAAAAACUGGGUUAAACCCUACAAAAGAGACUGCUCUUCACCCUGCAACAGUGAAAUAUAAAGAGUUCUUGUUAGCAACUGCUUCCGGUAAAGUACAAGUUAGUGAUAUUCCAAUACAGCAGUCAAAAAUUCCUGCUUAUACUCUUGGUGCUAUGACGCCAAGCCUGAGAACCAAUGCUCUUAUUAGUAAGGCGGUGCGGGAACUUGUCAGUCCUUGUGGUAGUCCUUGGAUCAAAGAAAGUUUCGAGGCAUCAUAUCUGCAUGCUGAGGUAGUGCUUGAUAAGCUGUGCAACUCUUUGGCCCAGAAAGAGAUUGAAGUCGUAGAAAGGCUUUAUCGUCAUGCUCUGACACUUGAAAUGGACUUCUUUUUUUCUCGACAGUCUGAGCAAACCCUGAUCAUCCCAAUACAUACAAAGCUUGAUCCUAAGGAGGAACGUCUGAUGCUAUUUGUGGAUUUUGAUUUUACAUGUACCAGUGUGGCUUCUCUGAAAGUAUUAGCAAACAUUGAAAAAUUUGCUCAAAAACCUGAUCAGCAACUGCAGGGUGUGGAUAGAGACACACUUCCUCAGAUUACAUCACUAGAUUUGAGGAAGACUUGGGAGCUUAUUUCCGAGCAGUAUUCUUCGGAGAAUCGUGAGUUCAUAAAAAAAAUCAUGCACGGUAAAAAAGCUGUUAGUUUUGAUUAUAAAGGACUCUACAGUGCGUUUGUGAAGCUCUCAUCUCCUGAGGAGCAAGCAUUUUCAAGAAUAUUUGGUUCUGGUGUACUGAAUGGCAUAAGCCUGGAGGACAUAAAGCAAGCUGGUAAAUGUAUGAUAUGUCAUAAUGGUUGCAUGGACUUUUUUGAGAAGGUGAACAACCUGGAUGUAUCUGUCAAUGUAAUGUCAUGUUGGAGUGGGGAUCUAACUAGGUCAGCUCUUUCAGGUGGUUUAGACAUGUUGAGAGUAGACGGGAAUGAGUUCAGUUAUGAAGAUGGAAUAUUUACGGGUGAAGUAACUCGUCAGGCACAUCAGUCUGUUACAGCUAAACUUAAAUAUUUUAAGGACAUGGUGCAGGAGUAUGCAAGUAAACAUGGCGUCGGUGCCCGUACUGUUUAGAUUGGUGACUCAGUUAGUGACUUGCUAUGCCUGCUUACAGCUGAUAUCGGCAUUGUGAUUGGAUCAAACAAAAGGUUAAUUAAGGUGGGAAAUCACUUUGGUAUUACAUUUGUACCUCUGUAUGCUGGUGUGGUCAAGGAACAGAAAAAACUCUUCGAAACUGGCAACCCUAUUAAUGUCUGGAGAGGUGGUCUAUCUGGUACUCUUUACACAGUUGCAAGUUGGACUGAAAUACAUGCAUUCAUUCUUGGUCGUGAUUUAGCAAACUGUCCGAAUGACGAUGCAGAUUCUUCCAAAUGGUUUCGUGUUUUUGGUUUUUGCAUCUGUUGUAGAUAGAUUUUGGUAUCUGUUCUACUUUCUUCUUUGAAAUGGUAACACUGCAGUAAUACCCUACAGGAGCAAGAUUUAAUGCAGAUUUUUGUUUUUGACUUUGA